UUUUGAGGGGGGGUUUUCAAAAGAAAAAGCGGGGGUUGCGGGUUUCACUGUACUUCACUGCCUGCUUCACUUCCAAGUUCCCACGCUAGAGAGAGAGAGAGAGAGAGAGAGAGAGGUACAUAUUCUGCGACGCAGCAAUGGAAGUUCCGAAAGAUCAAAUCUCCACACUCCUCGAUCUUGGCCUCUCCAACUCAGCUCAAGUGCUCGGUUGUUUUCUUGUUUCAUCUUCUACCGUAAACGCCGAUACCAGUCCCCUUGUCAAAGCCGAAAACUUGGUCCUCCUUGGCGAUGCGCUGUUCCGCGAGAGAGAGUAUCGCAGGGCAAUUCAUACAUACAAGCAAGCACUGCAACACUGCAAGAUUGGUCCGAAACAGAGCACAGUGGCUAGAAAUUCAUUGUCUGCACCAAACAGGUCGUCCUCUCCUAAUUCUUUUAACCUUUUGGGGAUUAAUGAAAAUGAGGUAAAGUUCAAGAUCGCAUCUUGUCAUUGUUCACUGAAUGAGAAUAGAGCUGCCCUUGUCGAGAUGGAGGGGAUUCCAAGCAAAUCUAGAAAUUUGCAAAUGAAUCUACUGAUGGGAAAGCUUUAUCGAAAUUCUGCACAAACUCGUGCUGCCAUUGCCUGUUACAAGGAGUCUUUGAGACAUUGCCAUUAUGUUAUUGAGGCUAUCAUAGCCUUGGCUGAACUGGGAGUUCCUGCUAAAGAUAUUAUUUCCCUAUUUCCUCAGACGCCAAAUAGAAGCGGGAGACCUCCAUUUGAUCAUAUUGACUCAAGUCGCUGGUUGCAGCGUUAUGUUGAAGCCCAAUGUUGCAUUGCUUCAAAUGAUUACAAAGGUGGUUUGGAACUCUUCACUGAACUUCUACAACGUUUUCCUAAUAACAUACACGUAUUACUUGAAAUGGCGAAGGUUGAAGCCAUUAUUGGAAAGAAUGAUGAAGCCAUCAUGAAUUUUGAAAAGGUCCGAUCAAUUGAUCCAUACCUUGUCACAUAUAUGGAUGAGUAUGCGAUGCUUUUGAAGAUAAAGUCUGAUCAUUCAAAGCUGAACAAAUUAGUGCAUGAUUUGCUCAGUAUUGAUCCUACCAGGCCAGAAGUUUUUGUAUCUUUGUCUGCUUUAUGGGAGAGGAAAGAUGAGAGGGGAGCUUUAUCUUAUGCCGAGAAGAGCAUUCGAAUUGAUGAGAGGCACAUACCAGGUCAUAUAAUGAAGGGUAAUUUGUUCCUAUCCAUGAAUCGGCCAGAAGCAGCUGUACUUGUUUUCAGGGGAGCUCAGGCAUUGAGACCUGAUCUUCGUUCUUAUCAAGGUUUGGUUCGUUCUUAUUUGGCACUUUCGAAAAUCAAAGAAGCUUUGCAUUCAGCGAGGGAGGCAAUGAAGGCCAUGCCUCAAUCGGCGAAAGCUUUAAAAUUAGUGGGUGAUGUGCAUGCUAGUAACUCUGGUGGAAGAGAGAAGGCAAAAAAGUUUUAUGAGUCAGCCCUCAGGUUGGAACCUGGUUACCUGGGAGCUGCAUUAGCAUUAGCUGAGCUCCAUGUCAUUGAGGGAAGAAACGGGGAUGCUGUCUCUCUCCUCGAGCGAUAUCUCAAAGAUUGGGCUGACGAUUCUCUUCAUGUUAAGCUGGCUCAAGUAUAUGCUGCCACAAAUAUGCUGCAAGAGGCCUUGUCUCAUUUUCAGGCUGCACUAAGGAUAAACCCACAGAAUGAAGCUGCAAAAAAGGGAUUAGAACGCUUGGAGAAGCAAAUGAAGGGCGUGGAUCCAGAUGCCCCCGAAGAAGAUGAAGAAAAUGAGGUAGAGGAUGCAGAUGGAGAUCAGAUAGAGACCGAGCUUUUGUGAUUGAGAGAUGGAAGAAUCCUUUCAUCAUCUCGUGUGAGGACUGCCAUGAUUACAACUUCACGGCUUUGUUUGGAUUUAUCAACAGGACAAGAGGUUUAGUAGUAGCUUUGAAACUAGAGGUGAGGAUGGAUUGAAAGUAGAGGAGACUUAUUUUCUUGGGGCCAUUGUACUAAUAUAAUUCUGUAUAGAUUUACUUCCGAUCUUUUGUUAUAGAAUUCUCAAUUUCCAUGUAGAAGUCCAUAGGUAGAGAUCAACUACGCAAAUUUCUUGUUAGAUGGUUGCAUUCAGCAUCAUAUAAAACAUUUACAAAUUCGUCCAUUUCCACGACAAACAAUUGAAGGAGCAGAUAAAAUUUGGGCCUC